UAUUCCCAUUGUUAUCAAGAUGUAUCGGCUGCUCAUACAAAUCAGUUGCUCUCUGCUGCUAGUGGCUGCCAUCUCAUGGGAGCCAGAGGAAACUUUCACAACGGUUGAUUCCUUUGAGUUUCCCGCUGGCUUUCCGAUGCCCGAGCUCGGCGAGCCGAGUGCUCAGGAAAGAGAUUUGAUGAUGGCGCAUAAAAUCAAUUGGCUGGCCACUGACGAGCCUCAGAGCAGGCAGGCGAGGGCGGUGGAGCAGGAGGAGCCAGUGACGCCCACGCCAGUUGAAGAGAUCAAGGCAGGCAACGAAUGCCCCAUUGAUAACGAACGGGGCUUGACUGCUCUCAUACGCAACGCUCGUCCGCUGCUGCCAGCGGAUCGAUUGCGCAAUAUAUUGGCCAAUGCCCGGGAGGAUCCGGAGGUGCGAGCGCUGGUCAAGCUGCUGCGCAGCGAGCAGUUCCAGGAGCGUGUGGUGCGCCUGAAUCAGAUCAAGGAGAAAAUCGACCAAAAGGAUUUCUUGUGCCGCACCUUGAAGCUCAACUAUGGCUACUACAUGGAGUACGUGCGCAUGCUCUUCAAUGCCCAGCUGUCCGAGACGCCCAGCAGCCCACUGCCCAAUCGUCGCAAGGGUAUUCGUGGCUUGCUGCUGGAUCUGCGCGAUGCACUGCCGCGUGCGGUGCUCCGGGAUCUCUAUAGGCGCCAAUUGGCCUCCGACAAGGAGCUGGUCACGGCUGUGCGUCACAUACGCAGCCGUGAGUUCCGUCGCCUGCUCAUCAACUUGCGCGCCCUGCCAGAGUAUCGAGCGUUGCGAGACGACCUGCUAAAGGUGGGCGUGCCUCUGCAACAGUUGCUUAGUCUGAUGAGCAAUGCAUUGGGCUGGUCGAAUCUGGACCUGGGCACUGAGCUAGAUUUGGUCACUCUCUAAACUAUUUGAUUCAUAAUCGAAGCCACUUUCACAAUAUUUUAA